AUGGCCAACUGCGAGCCCAUGUGUCAUGGUACGGGCGUCGUGUAUCAGUAUGGGAACCAGUACAGAGCAGGCCGCAAUGCGAUCUGUUACCUCCUGGAGAAACUCGGCGGCCUACAGAUUCGCUUCUCCACGCUGACCGCCACGGCAAAGCCUGCCAAGCGCGCGACCGAGUGGGAUAAGAAGCAGGAAGGGCACCGCUACAUCGAGAAGAAGGGCCCGAAGAGCAACAACAGCAAUCAGUUCAUGGAGUUCGCGGACAAGGAGAUCAACGACCCGCAGUCGAAAAUCUACGGCUGGGAGGAGCCCCGCGUGGUCCAGGCGCUGCGGAACCACGCGAGCGGGCGCAUCAACGCCAAGCACCGCUCUGUCUGGGUGCUCACGCUAAAGGACUUCGAGCCGUGGUUCAUCAACGAGGUGCUCGUGAAGAUCCUGCCAACUCUCCACCGCAACGGCGUGCUCUGGAUCGGCAAGACCAGGGUGGGGAAGUCGACGACGUCGAAGACACUUGCGUUCUUGAUGUCCAUGCUCGAGAUCGAUGCCCUUGAAGGCGAUGACAGGGAGGGCGCACCUGAGCCUUCAAUUGUCACCGCCAAUCACUUUGAUUUCUUCAAGGGCGAGCCCGUGGAGAGGGCGCCGCCCGCGGUGUUCGACGACGGGGGCUUGCACAAGCAGGACGCGUCCGUGUUAAAGGCUUUCCUCAACCCGAGCGAGGAGGAUUCCACGCUGUGGGCGAGGUGGGGGUCCAGCACGUUCGCCCCAGGGGCGCCCCGCCAGGCCGUGAACAACAGCUACGACAAUGCUCUGGAGAAGCGGAUGGUGGCAGACUGGCGCCAAGGGAAAUUAAUGGUGAUCACGAUCCAGCAGCUCAUGGCCCUCAUCGCGCCCUCCCUGAAGCAGAUCACGGAGGAAGAGGACAUGAAGGCCCUGCUCGCGAGGUCCCACGUCGUCGUGACCACGGACACGCGCGUGCAUUUCUGUUUGGCAUCCGAUGAGUUUCCAGAGGACGGCGUCGUGCCUUUCUACACAUACAGCAAGAAAUCAAAGCCUGACCUCUUCAACUACUCGCCCGAGGCGCGCGCGUGCUGCGGCAGGCACAAGGACGACCCGACCUCUCCGAACAACUACCCGUCCGACUUCAAGGAGAAGGCGGAGUGGUCCUUGAAUUUUGCGAAGCGCUUGAUGUGCGGCGAACAAGUGCCCACUGUGUCGACCACCCGCGGGACCUCGCUCUUCGGGGAGCCCGUGCACAGGGUUCAGCCAGAGGCCGCGCCCCCGCCAGCGGGCGCGCCCGCGGCCCCGAUGGCAGCCGAAGCCGCGCCAGAGGAGGCCCCGCCAGCGGUUCAGCCAGAGGCCGCGCUCACGCCAGCGGGCGCGCCCGCGGCCCCGAUGGCUGCCGAAGCCGCGCCAGAGGAGGGCCCGCCAGCCAAGCGGGCGAAAGCCGGCGCCCAGGGGGGGCGCGCGGCGCCCCCCGAUCCUUUCGCGGGCGGCUUCAGGCGCGACCGCCUCGGUGGCGACCGCGGCGACUACGAGGGCGAGGAAGAGCCGCCGCUCGGGGCCCCCGCGCAGGAGAUCGAGCGGCUCUGGGGGCUCCACCAGGCAGGCGGCAUCACGCUCGCGAAGUUCAACGUCUUGAAGAGGAGUGCGAUCAGCGAAGGGUUCAAGGCCUUGCAGAAGGGCGCGCCCGCCAAGAAGGAGGAUCGCAGCGCCAAGCGGGAGCAGAUGCCUCGCGCGCCAAUCAAGCGGGACCCGACCGAGGGGGCUGCCAAGCGGGAGGUGUUCGAGGCGAAGCCCGUGGACAAGGAGACGAUCCAGGGGCUCUUCCCAGGCUCGGGGAGUGCAGAAGUCGGGCGGCGCUUGCGAGGCGUCAUAGGAAUCGCCCGUUCGUUGACCAGCGGGCGCUUGAGUUGCGCGCCGUUUGGUCGCGAGCACGGCUGCCCCUUCUGGCAACGUGUAACGGGCGAUUCCUUUGCGCGCCCUCAGUCGGCCGCCUUGCUCCUGAGCCCCCAACAGGCGCCGUGGCGAUCGACUCGGACGAGGACUGAGUGA